UAAUAAAAAUCAAAUGAGACUGAUGAGAUCUUUGACUAAUAUGACUAUGGAGUCGUAAUUAAGUGUUUACGUGCACCUUACUCAUGCUCAGUUAACCUGCUCACUCACUGCGUUCAAGAUCGCAAACGUAACAUGGCUGGAUUUGGAGAGGUCCCAUCAGCAACCAAGGUGGCCUCUGUGUUUAUUGGCUUGGGCUUUCUCCUUUUUGUGGUGGGGUUCGGGGUACCAUACUGGGAAAAAUUUACUUUUGGAGGAUAUGGAGGCCUAUGGAAAAUAUGCAGCAAAGUUCUAGGCAUUGAGGGAUGCAAAUAUUACACAGAUCUGGGAGAUGUCGGCAAAAACACUUAUCUUCCUGACUGGUUCGAAUCCGUGAGAGUGUUCGAAUCUGUUGGUCUGGUGGCUGCCAUCAUCAGUCUUGUUUUCCUCGUUCUGUACACAUGUAUAUCAAAGACUGCAGGAAAUAAAAUUGUAGCACUUCUAACUGCAAUAAUUACAUUAGGAGCAGGCGCGGUGAUCCUGCUGGGUGUCAUUAUUUUCGGUUCUAAGAAAGACAUGGACUACUUGGACUGGGCCUUCGGGCUUGCAGUUGUUGGUGGUUGCUUUUACGUCUUUUCCGGUGUACUUCUCUUUGUCAGCAUGUGUUCUUAGAAUAUGAUCUUUAAAUUACCCAAUUUAUCGCUUUCAC